AAAAGAGUUCCACUAAGUUUGGUGUCGGACGUCAAAAAUAUCUUUCCUGUCACAGUUAACAUGACAACAGAACGGACUGGUCCAAGAUGGGUGAUGCAUUUAGGAGACUUUGCCAAUAUGCUGAAGGCAUUUAUUGGUUCCAAUUAUUUAGGUGUUGCCUAUGCAUUCAAACAGAGUGGGCUGGUGCUGGGAAUUGUGUGUCUCCUCAUCAUCGCUAGUCUCACCGAUCACUGCUGUCAUCUGAUUGUUAAGACCAAGUAUCAUGCUAUGAAGAUAUUGCUAGCUCAGUUUAAAGCCAAGAAAAAACUCACUCAAAGCUCUGACCGAUACCAGGCAGGAAAUCGUCUGGACUGUUACGGGCGCAGAUUUGGUACAGAAACCACGGACAGUGAAGACGAGCUAUCACAUUCAAAUGGUAACAACAGAGAGAUCCCGAAUAUCAACAUUGAAGUCGAUGAUUUGGAGACAUUGGAACACCAUAUGAUGAGGCACAUGUCAUAUGGCGACAUUGGAAGACUGAGCUUCGGCAAAAGUGGCCUCUUUCUCGUUAACCUCUUCAUUGGUACCACCCAGUUCUGUUUCUGUGUUGCCUACUUUAUAUUCAUUGGUAACACCAUCCAUAAGUUGUUUCCAAUUUCUAUAGAAUGUCAGAAUGUUACAGUCAAUAACACGUUUUCAUACCCUGUAUCCGUACCUACUACCACGUUAGCCUCUACACAACACUUACGAGAUAAUAGAGAUAUUUUAAGUGACCUGAAUACGACAACAAUGGAAUUAAGUACAGUAACUGAAUUCACUCUACCAGAUAGUAAUAUAUCAACUCCAGAUCUGACCACAAGUACACUACCAUCUAACAUUACAUUGGGACCUACCGUGUCACCACAGAACAUGUCCACAACACCAAUGGAAAAUGUAACAAAACCGUGGAAGGAGCUGUGUAAGGAUAUAAGCACUGCUCCUGACCUAAAGAUUCUGGUGUUGACGCCGCUACCUCUCUUCCUCAUCUUUGCUCUCAUUCGCAGUAUCCGUAAUUUAAGCUGGAUCAGUGUCACUGCCAAUGUGUCUAUACUCGGGGGAUGUGUAGCUGUCUUUCUCUACAUGAUCUUCAAUUUCAGUGUGGGCAAAUUUGUUUAUGCAAAUUUCUCAGGAGUGCCAGUAUUUUUUGGAAUGGUCACAGCAGCAUUUGAAGGCAUAGGUCUCGUGAUACCAGUAGAGUCAAGUAUGGAAGGAAACAGACACAACUUCAACAGCUUCCUCCAUGGGGCAGUAGGGGUACUUACUCUAAUCCUUGGCACGUUUGGUAUUAUGGGGUACAUCAUAUUUGGUGAUGAUGUACAGCAGAUGCUCAACCUUAACAUUCCCUCCACAGAGUGGGUGUCCUUCGCUGUCAACAUUGGUGUGUGUGUGGGAGUACUUCUAACCUUCCCUCUACAGAUAUACCCUGUCAUUGAACUUAUAGAAAUCAUCAUCUUCAGUGAAGGAAGCAUAUGUGGACCUAAACAUAAAAAGGACCGAUUAUUACAAGAGGAGGAUACGGAAGAAUCGUUACUGCCACGUGCUACAGAAGACCUGCCACUCACAGUAGCUGUACACAUCCCUGAUUCUGUGCCUGCAUGGAAGAGGAACAUUGUACGAGUUUUAGUUGUAGGUGCAGCUGUUGGUCUUGCCAUCAUUUUUAGGGCCAGCUUUGCAUAUAUUGGAGGGUUUACAGGAGCUGUUGGAAGUUCAGCACUAGCCUUCAUUCUGCCAUGUAUAUUCCACCUGAAACUGUGCCACAGUGACUUAUCAUACGGGGUGAUUCUAAAAGAUAUCCUCAUCAUAGUUUUUGGUUGUAGUGCUAGCACCAUCAGUCUCGUAUAUGUUGUCAAAAAACUUGUGAGCAAUACCUCUGUAUGAUGCUUUCAUGUUACUAUUUAAAGUAAAUCACAAUGAAACAGUCUCAAUCAUUCCUACAAUACAGCAAGAACUUACAACAUAGAGGUUAUCACAGAACAUGCCUGGUACUGGUAAAUUCAUUAAAUGACCAUUUAUUGUAAAAUUUAAUGUGAUUGUUUCCAUUAAUGUAUGUGAUUAUGAUAUGAAAGAAUGAAUAUGGAGAGUGGUUCAGUCUCUACAAAACUAUAUAAUUGGAUACAGACAUUUUUGUCUCCAUAAUGUGUUAAAGUUCUUUUCUAAGAAAAAAAUCCUUGUGGAAUGGCUGGGUUUUUAGAUGUAUUGAGUAUUUUAUACAUAUAUACAAAAUAAUUGGGUAUUACAUUAUCAUAUUCACGGUCAGGAACUAUAUUAUUCUCUUAUUUAGGUGUUCAUAUAUAUGCCAGCGAUAAUGUUUUAUCAAAGAUAUAUGUGUCACAUACAUAUUUAUUACAUAUACAUAAAAUUAUGAUAUAUGAAUAUAAAUUGUAUAAACAUAUUCUCAUACAUAUAUUUUAUAUAUGAGAACUGAAAAUAGUUCCAUUGAAUUUGAAGCAUGUUCAAUGUUCAUAUCCCCACAUAACUCAAAACAAAAUUUGUGAUGAAGGAUUCUUUUUAAUAAAGGAGUUGGCUAAAAAAUUGUACCACAUAAUUGAAGCAGCUAUAAGCGUAUUACUGCAAAGGACAUUCAUAUGUAGAAGGGAUUCAAAUGUGUUUACUUUAAGAGAUAAGUGUUGUAGCGAAAUAAAAAAAAAAUUAAUGAUUCAGAACUGAAAAGCUAUUAUCCUGACACACUUCAUUAAAAUUAAUUAAGUGACCAUUAUUUCUGGAUACCCUAUGAUGGAGGCUAAAGACUGCAAUUACUCUACAGACAGUACUUUAUACACUUCAGUUAUUGGACUUUAAAUCCUUAUCACUGUUAGAACUCUCCCUUAUGUAUGUAUAUCAAAUUCUUUUUGAUGGCUUUAAGUAUAAAUACAUGUAUGUAUCCUUUGUAAUACAUCAUGUACCCCACUUAAAUAUGUCACAAAUCUGCCCCAUUUUUUAUGGCUGUAAUGUUUGUAGCGUUCCAUAUACAAUUAUAUUAAAACAAAUCUCCUUUGUCUUGUCUAUCAGUCUAUCAUUGAUAUUUGUUUUGUAAUUGUAUAUCAAAAUGCUAUUAUAGAAACCAGUACGUGUACAUUCUGCUUGUAAUUAGCAACCUUAUUUAAUUGUUACAACCCCCCCUCCCUCCCCACAUAUUUUUUUGUCUCAUUUUACAUCUCACUUUGUUCACAGAUCUGAUGACAAAUGUUUUUAUACAUUUUGAUUGAUGUCAUUAUUUAUGAAUCUAUUGUCUGUGAUGACUAAUACUAAUAGAUACAUGCAUAAUUUUUUUCUGAAAUGUGAUAUCCAUACUUAAAGCUGGGGAUUUUUUUUUAAAUUUAUUUAUUUAAAAAAUAAUGUGUUUAGAAACCAGUGAUCCAGAGGAAAGAUAGAAAUGUAGAGAAAAGAUCAGGCUUACAUUCACUCAAUUAAGCUCACUCAAUGGUGGAUGUCAAGACCCCUCUGGGAUCUCAGUUGGAUAGCCAUGUCAUAAAGAGUCAGAAGACCACUUUAAACUCUGUACAUGCUGUAUCUUAUUAUGUCCUCAGCAAUAUCAAUAUGAAUGUGUUACUGAUGUGUCCUACAAACUCCUGGCUGUGUGUAACUUAACUGGAAAAUAGUAGAAAAGGUGUUUUUUUUCCCCAAUAUCCAUUUGUGUUAUUCAUUAGAAGCUAAUUAAAACACUCAUAUUAAAGCCUGAAGCAGUAUAGUAUAGCAAAGAUGAGUUGAUGAUGUGUUUUUUUAAGUAAUACACUUAUCAUAAUAGGCCUUGUAACAGAGGAAAUAUUGAUGGCGUUUCUUUUAUUGACUCCUAUAAAUAAACAGAUGUUGGCUUAUUUAUUACACAAAAGUGAAAACAACAGAUUUAGUUGUGAUUAACUACCAGGACGGAUAUAUUGGAUAUCUAUGAACGUCACUUCCACAACAAACAUGCUAUGUGUCAUUUAUGACCAUCACUUUGAAUCUUAUUUACAUUAAUAGAAUGACAGAUGUUGGCUUACUUAAUGUAUAAGAAUAAAAAUGAAAUGUAUUCUAUGUUUAAGUUAUGAUGUAUGAAUAUCAAAUGUCAGAACAGCUGAAAACGUUUUUAAUAUUUCCAUUCUGGAAACAGGCAUCAGUGUUGAUAAUAAUUUCAAGAGCGAGUCCAUGCUUUUGGUAUUUGAGUAUUGGGUGCUAAUUUUAUUUGAAUAUAUAUAUACAUUGUAUAUGUGUUGAUACAUUGCAUAUUUGUUUUCAAUAUAAUUACUUAAUUUGGACAUUGUCAUUUUGUAUACUUUUUGCAUGACAUAUUUCCACUAUCAAUUUCGUUUUUAAAUCAUCCAAAAUUGUCAAAAAAAACUUUUUUGGUAAGAAUGUACUAAAUAUUGACCAAAGGAAUACAAAAACAUGAAAAUGUUUAUCGUUUUGGUGUCAUAAUGAUCACAUUAGUCCUAUUAUUGUAUGGGCUGUGAGGUGAUUUAGUUAAAUUCUGCUUAAAAUUCAUGACAUAACUUCUCAUGUAUCAUAUUGAUGAAACUACGUUAAUAUACAUGAUGAUUAUAAGCAUACUAUUUAUUAUGUUAAAAUAGGUUAUUAUUUAUGUCAUUUCUUUCCUUCUCAAAUGCUUAUUUCCAAACCAAGAGCUUUCAUUAGCUUGAGACUUCACAUUGUUAUCCCCUCACAAACUGAGUUUUGAGGAUUCUAAUGUAUGUUACACUUUCUUGUCAGUGCUGUCACACAUUCAUUUCUCGAGGGAAUUUCAUGAAAUUUGUUACACAAGUUUAUUAUGGUAACAUCUCAGAUGAGUUUGAGUUUCAGAAUCCGCGCUCUUUUAGUGUAUUGCCCGUAGUUUAUUUCACUCAUUUUCACUUUGUCAUCACUCUCAAAAGUUUAUCCUCAAUGGAAUUUCAUGAAACUUAAGUUGUUAUUUGAGUUUCAGAACUGGUGUUCCUUAUUUACUGAGUUAUUGCCUUAGUUAUUUCUUUAACAUUUCCUGAGUGUACAUUCAUCUGAAAAACUGUUCUGUUGCUACGUAAGCUUACUUAAUUAAAAGAGACCUUAAAUCUGAGAAGUUAGUGUCACAUAACAGGGACAGCAGACAAAAGCCAUCUACCUAGAAUGUAAUUUGUUGCUUUGAAAAUUAAUUACCAGGACCUAUAUAUACCAUGUAGAUUUUGUGAUUUUAUGAAGGCAAACAUCACAUCUCAUUAUAAUCAUGUAAAACUUUAUCAAUCAUUUCGUAAUUACUAUAACUAUAAAAACUUAUAUCUAUCACAAAUUGAAUUGGAAAAUUUGACUUUUAACUUAUCAAGCAAAAUGACUCCAUUCUCCAAGACUCGGGAUAAAAAUGUACUGGUUAGCAUAAUUGGUGGAUGUGUCUUGUUACAGAUGCCAUGUGUUUGUGUGUUAAUCUGUUGUUCUUGUUAUGUAUAGUACAUAUUAUGGUAGUAAAAUUGAAUGUGAAUUUGCCGCAAUUUCAUUAAAAAAAAACUAAAAUUUCACGCCCUGCUACAAAGUGGUUCCAACAGCUUCCAACUGUCCAUCAUAUUCACAGAAAUCAUCGAGCACUCAUCAGUAGUGAUAGAAUGCUGUUAUUUUGUAUGAACGAUCUUUCAAGGUUUACUGUUAAUACUGCACAGUAGAAACAGAAAAUUCUAAUUUUUCUUGAAUUUUUACAUGUUAGAUUUUUUUACACUUUUUGGACAUUGAGUUGGUUUCAAAAAGUAUUGCCCAUGUACUCAGUGAAAGGAUGCUGAUAUUUCGCAUCAAAGUUCUUAAAGGACCAUGUAUAAAUGCAGUGUAGUUAAACUGGACAUUUCCCAAAACUUUUGACAUGUUAAAACUGGUUGAUUUUUUUUUUCGUUUUUUUUUUUAAAUAGCUCCAUAUUUCCAUCAGUGGUAACAUGAGAGCACGGUUAUACUUGUUUCAAACAUAUGUAUUUCAUGUUAUUUAUUUUUUGAAUUUAAUAUACAUGGGAAUAAUCUCGGAUUAAACCAUUCUUAUUCGUUUACUGUGACAAAGUCCUCAAUCUCAGCUUACACACAAAAGUCACAUCUCCAAUGUUUGUUGUACUGAAUUAUGAUAAACAUGCUUAAUGUAUAAAAAUAAAUCAUACUUUAUUUUAAGUAAU